ACGCGCCACCCGGGCAACACGGAACUUUCGUCGCGGGGCGCCCUGAACAUCGCGAGUGAGUGUGAGUGUUGGGUCUGGGGAAAUUGUUUGUCUUGAGUUUUAGUUUAAAGUUUGCGGAGCAAAGUGAACAAUAAGCAAGGUUUUGUCCCGGAUCCGGAAGGAGCAAGAAACCACAAUGACUUCAGGAGCAGCCAUCUUGCCUGUACUUCUCUACGUCUUACUUCAACUCUCAGUAACUUCUGGAGUCAGUUGGGAGGAGUGGUGGACGUAUGAUGGGAUUUCAGGUCCAGCAUUCUGGGGCCUGAUCAACCCAGAAUGGAGCUUGUGCAACAAAGGACGUCGACAAUCUCCUGUUAACCUGGAACCCAACAAACUGUUAUUCGACCCCAACCUUCGUCUGCUGCACCUCGAUAAACAUAGGGUAAACGGUGUGAUCACCAACACUGGACACAGCAUCGUGUUUACUGUAGAGAAUACUACAAGACAUCAUAUCAACGUGACUGGAGGUCCUCUCAGCUACAAAUACCAGUUCCAUCAGAUCCACAUACACUACGGGUUACAGGAUGAGACUGGAUCCGAACAUUCAAUCAACGGAUACACCUUCCCAGCUGAGAUACAAAUAUUUGGAUUCAAUUCCCAACUAUACUCGAACUUCAGUGAGGCACUUCACAGAGCUCAAGGAAUCGUAGCGAUCUCACUUUUAAUGCAGCUCGGUGAUCUUUCUAACCCUGAACUAAGGAUACUAACAGAUCAGCUAGACAAGAUCAGAUAUGGAGGAGACGAAGUGGAAGUGAAGCGGUUGUCCAUCAUGGGUCUGCUCCCGGAUACGGAAUACUACAUGACCUAUGAUGGGUCCACUACAAUGCCUGCCUGUCAUGAGACUGUCACCUGGGUCAUACUGAACAAGCCCAUCUACAUCACCAAGCAGCAGCUCUUUGGGCUACGGAGACUCAUGCAGGGAGAUGGAAAGUAUCCAAAAGCGCCUCUGGGUAACAACUACCGACCACCGCAGCCAUUACACCACCGUCCCCUGAGGACCAACAUCGACUUUAACGUGAAACAGACUGGAGCCAAAUACUGUCCAAGCAUGUACAAGGAGGUGUAUUACAAAGCAAACAGUUGGAAGCCUCACUGAGGUUUAAUGCAAGGUCUGGGUGACGAAGAGUUCAUGAGCUUCGAGAGAUGGGGCAAACCAGCAAACGUUACCUAAACCACCCUCGAUGUAUUACGAUAAUCCAAAACGCUUCUUAGCUAAGUGAAUCG